CGUGCCACGGUGGUAGAAGGUGUCCGCGAGCAGUCAAGGUAGCUACCUAAACCCGCAGGAGCGCAGUCCAACAGCCGAUCGCCGAACGGCCAAGCUCGCGUGAUCUACCCGGGACACCUCACCUUCUCAAGGAUAAGAGCCGAGGGGGAACGAGACAACCGCGGGAACGGUCGAGGUUUCAUUGUUCGACGGGGACACAGGGACGCCGGUUCGCCGACAUGUCUAAGAUCGUGUUAGCAGUAUUCAUCGUGGCCCUGAGCCUGGUGCGCUCGGAGCCUCCAGUGAACUCGUACUUGCCACCGGGCGGUGGCAACGGCGGAGGCGGCGGACCGCCUUCGAGCAGCUACGGUGCUCCCGGUUUCGACGGGCAGAACGGCAACGGGGGCGGCGGCAAUGGCGGCGGCAACGGUCUGUCGAACAGCUACGGAGUGCCGACCGGCGGAGGCAACGGCUACAACGGCAACGGUAGGAACGGGAACGGCGGAAGGAACGGCAACGGUAGAGGAAACGGUUUCGGAGGCGGCUCGCCAUCCAGCUCGUACGGUCCGCCAUCGAACGGUGGUUCGGGGAACGGAAGGCCAUCGAGCACUUACGGAGCACCUGGUGGAGGAAAUGGGUUCGGCGGUGGGAACGGUGGAUCGGGCAAAGGCCAGUUUAAUGGCGGACCUUCGAGCAGCUACGGAGCCCCGGAAGGUGGNGGUGGCCGGCCAUCGAGCAGCUACGGUCCGCCGGACAGGAACAAUGGCAGGCCGUCGGGACUCUACGGGCUACCCGGCAGGAAUGGAAACGGUGGUGGGAAUGGUGGUAAUGGUGGCAAUGGUGGUAACGGAGGAAAUGGCGGAUACCCUUCGGGUGGAGGUAACGGAGGCAACGGCGGUUACCCGUCCGGAGGACCUAACGGAGGCAACGGCGGAGGUUAUCCUUCUGGAGGACCGGGCGGCAACGGAAACGGUAACGGUGGUUAUCCUUCUGGAGGACCCGGUGGAAACGGUGGCUAUCCGUCUGGCGGACCCAAUGGAAAUGGCAAUGGCGGCGGCUACGGGAGCAAUGGAGACGAAGACAAUAACGAGCCGGCAAAGUACGAAUUCUCUUAUGAGGUGAAGGACGAGCAGUCCGGUGCUGAUUACGGACACACGGAGACCCGAGAUGGCGAUCGCGCGCAAGGAGAAUUCAACGUUCUGCUUCCUGACGGAAGGAAGCAGAUCAUUGAAUACGAGGCCGAUCAAGAUGGCUUUAAACCACAGAUUAGAUACGAGGGCGAAGCAAACAACGGAGGAUACGGUUCCGGGCCGAACGGCAACGGUGGAGGUGAUUUCGGCGAUAACGGCUACCCGAGUGGAGGUCCAAACGGAAACGGAAAUGGUGGCAACGGUAACGGUUAUCCGUCUGGAGGACCAAGUGGCAACGGCGGCGGAUCUGACUCCAGUAACGGCGGGUAUCCAUCUGGGGGACCAAACGGUAACGGCAAUGGCGGCUACAGAAACGGAAACGGUAACGGCGGUAACGGAAACGGCGGAUAUCCGUCAGGAAGUGGCGGCGAUGCUGCUGCCAAUGGAGGAUAUCAAUAUUAAAUAAUCAAUUAGACGUAGUGAUAUAUUUACAUAUAUAUCGCGUGUAUUACAAAAAGGGAAUGCAUAGGGCAACAUUCUUCAUAACGUGUAGAAUAAUCUUCGUUUGGAACAGUAGAAACGUGGCUGUCAAUGAUGAUGGUAGGUGACAACUUGAGCAGCAUCGAAUUCUUGUACCGAUGUGAAAUGCUCUUGAUUGUCGGGAACACUUCCGGUUCAGUAACUAUGGCGGGGAAGAGACGUGAAUAUGGAUAUGCUUUCGAAAACCAACGCUUCGUUUGUUUCAAACGCGUUAUGCAUAUUAUAUAGUAUUAUUAUUAUUAUAGUAUAAAUGGAAAAAUUAUUUAUACGACACACAUGAACACCUCACAAUCGAUGUUUAGGAACGAACGAUGUUUUUGGAUAUUAUAAAUGCAUACGAUGAAAUGUAUAUAUUUCCGUUGCGAUGAUACAAAACGGUAACGUUCGAAUGAUUUAUCGUUACUUAAUUAAUUUACGUAACAUACACAUGCAACACGUAUAAAAAUAAAAACCUGCAUCGAUUGGUUUAAUUAUAUAAGAACGAUUCUCGUAUGCAUUGAACAAUUGCAUUUUCCUUUUUGCAUCUAUGAAAUAUCUGCCAAUUCAUACCUACGAUCAAAUAUAUGCUAAUUUGUAACGUUUGUUAAGGCAUUGUAUUUAUUUACUAUUUAUCAUACUUAUGUAUAUUUUGAUGAUGUUUAAAAUGUAGCUGUAGACACGAACGUCCGCAUAAAUAAAUAUUGCGGUAGGCCAUAAUGUGUUCAGUCUUUCACUCUUACACCUUUAUAAUAUAAAUUAU